CUCUUCUCUUAGAUAGUAUAUAGAGUAAUAACAUUAUGAAUCUUCAAGGAACCAUUGUUGCAUUUCUUGUGUCCCAGUCAUCAUGGGGACUCCUGUAUAUUGUUGGAUCAACUUCCAUUAUUAGAAAUCCACUUGUAAUGCUUGCAGCUGGUGUCAUAUUCAUUCCGGGAUUUGCAAUUCUUUUACGCAAGCUUCUACCAUCAGUUUAUGAAGACAAUCUGGGAACACAUAAGAGAAACUGGUUCUUUUAUAUGUGCUGUCUUUUUUCUUGGUCGUGUGUAAUAGACAUUGUAUUAUGUCUGGAAUCACUUGGCUAUAUCGACGGAUACAUGGACUUUUAUUUGGAAAGCGGGGAACCCUAUUUCAUUACUUCAUUUGGAAUUUAUAUCAAUAUGUGGGAUGCAGUUAUUCACUACAUUCUCUAUCUUACUAUUAUUUACAAAUAUGACAACAAACAGGACUACAGAAGUUAUGGCAUUUACUGGCUGGGUUCGAUGCUUGCGGGAAUGUUUGUUCUCACGAUAGGAGCGAUUGUAGGAAGUUAUGGAAAUGAUCUUCAUCCUGCUAUGUUUCUCAACAUUCCUUACAUAAUAUUGCCAUUCUGUGCUCUUGUAUACUUAUUAAGAUUACCUAGAGAUGAAAAUUCACCUGUACAAGAAUACCCUCCUGCAGAAUUGAGAUCAAAAUCCAUUGGAGCAUUUGAUAUCCUUGUAAUAUUAGGUCUGAUUGCAUCAACUGUGAUUGGUUUUGUUCGAGGUCUUGCUUCUCUUGGAUCGCCCUUCCCAAUGAUUGUUCAUUACGUUAAGGAAUAUGAACCUUAUCUGUCAGAUCCGACCAAGUUUGGAGCAUUGCACUGUCUUUUCAAUUUUGUUUACUGCUUACCAGCUCAGGUGAUGCUGAUUUAUGCAUUGGUUAAAGGAGGAGGAAAAUGGGCAGAUGAUUUGUCAACAAUUUUAUCUGGUGCAAUGGCACAGGGUGUAUUUUUCCAUGCAUUGGCUGCUGUAUCAAGUCUGACUCCUUUGGAAUUCCGUGUUGUCAGUAAUGUUGAAUUUUUCUUGGUAUUGAACGCUCUUAUUGUCCUGGUUCCUCAUUUUGCUAUGUUCCGUCUUAAACAGAAGAAGAACGAACAUUUGAAGUUCCAAUAAAUCGGAUUGAGUGGAAAUACUUUUACGAAUUUUAGACAAUUUUUUCUUCAAUUCCUUUAUCAUUAAUCGUUAUAAUAAGUUUGUGAUCUAUCUACACUGUUGUGAGUUUCUCUAUAAAUUUUAUGUACUGUAUUUUUGGGGAUGUAUUUUGUAAAGAACACUAUUUCAUAUUUUCUUGAACAAUUUUGUAUGAGAAACUAAUCCAAAAUUUCUUUAUAUGGAUACCAUGAAGUCCAUGGCUUCAUUUGGCAAACUCAUUAACAUGAAACGUUCUAAAUUUAGACUCUUGUUUUUGGAUCUGAUUUGUGAAAAAACACUGAUUAUGUAUGUUAUAGGAUUUUCAAUAAUGGUAUUAUAGUGUACUCGAUGACCAGUGACCACAAUUCCAUGGGACUUCUUGCGUCGGUGCUAGUGAUGUGUAUAAUGGUUUUAUUACAUUUGAACCCGCGACAAUUGCACCUAUGGAAUUUUUUAUUUAUACAUUUGAACCCAUACUAACCCUGGAUUUUAGCACCCUCAUAUAGAUUGAACCCGCGGAUACACGGGCGCAAAUGUAUGGGUUCAAAUUUACCGUCACCGCGUAUAAUAUGAACAUAAUAUGGGCUGGCGCAUAGUGUUUAAUCCAGAUAAUAAGUUUCAGUAUGUGUUCAUGAUUUUCAACAAUAUUUACUAUGCAGUUACAAUAUUUUAUUGCGGUUAUUUUUUCUAUAAAUAUUGGUGCCAAAUUUUCAAUACUGUAUCUUGAUUCACUGAUUAGCAUUGGACUUCAAUACAAUAUUCAAUACUUGUUUGUAUCUUUCUCCACAAUCUGCGCACGAUUUUUCGUUGAGCAAACACAUUUUGGGUUGGUAUUAAACUUUUGUACAGGAA